CUUAGAUCCGGCUCGAACAGAGGAUGACGAGCAAAGAGGGUGCUACGAAAAAACUAAAAUAACGACCGGCGGCAGGGAAGGCCGUGUUGUGGGGUGUUGCGCAAAGGUCGACAGACUCAGCCAAAGGCGUCCAUUUUGACUCUCGCAAGCAUACCAGUCUUCCAGUUGGACGGGUUGGUCAAGAUGCUCAACGAUUAUAUAGAGAGCCUCGCCCGAACUGGGGUUCCUCCGGACCUUCUCAAGGCAGCCGUAAUGCUUAUUGCUGCGUUCCCAGCAGCAAUCCUAUAUCGCCUCAUUCCCGCGUCCUCACCUACUGCCCGACAUCUUUUCUCAAUUGGAGUGUCGGGCACGCUGUUUUGUUCGCUUUUCAAUGUUAGCGGAUUCAUCCAGUUGGUCGGGGAAGCGCUGGCAAUCUAUGUGCUGACAGCAACUAUGAGAAAAAGUAAAUGGGGUCCUAUAUUGGCUUUUUUGGGUGCCAUGGGCCAGCUAUCGAUAAAUCACAUCUUUGGUCAAUUAAUCAACAAAAGCACCGCGAAUUUCGACCAUACUGCCCCUAUGAUGGUUCUUGCAAUCAAGCUGACCUCAUUUGCGUGGGCGGCCCACGAUGGCACAAAGCCUGACAAGGAUCUGUCGGCGGAUCAAAGAUCACUAGCGAUACGCAAGUUCCCUGGAUUGAUCGAAUAUUUUGGCUACGUCUUCUUUUUCGGCGGUUUUCUUGUUGGUCCAGCAUUUGAAUUCGCGGAUUACCGGAAGUUCAUAACUAAUGAGCCACCAUUUGACCAAAUGCCAAGUCCCGCCCUCCCAGCGUUGAAGACGGUGGCCUCCGCAUUUGUCUCACUCGUCGUCUUCUUCAAGUUUGGAAAUGUCUUCCCGUACCACUAUGCCCUUACUCCGGAGUAUGCAAAGUUGGCGUUCCCAAAACGCUUUUUAUACUUGCAGUUAGCCGGACUGUUAGCGCGCACAAAGUAUUAUGUCGCCUGGAAGCUUUCGGAAGCGGCUUGCAUCCUUUCAGGAGUGGGAUAUAACGGCAUAGAUCCCAAAACCGGCAAACAUUUGUGGAACCGCGUACAAAACAUUGCGAUUCUGGGCUUCGAGCUGGCGCCCAACUCAAAGGUUGCCCUUGACAACUGGAACAAAAACACUGGUCUGUGGCUUCGGCGAUAUGUUUACCUUCGCAUCACUCCGGCCGGUACAAAGCCUAGCGGCGCUGCUGCCGUGGCGACGUAUCUUACUAGUGCAUUCUGGCACGGCUUCCGUCCAGGGUUUUAUUUGACGUUCAUAUCGGGCAGUCUUCUGAAUGUCGUGGCGAGAACCAUCCGGCGAAACGUCCGUCCCCUCUUUUUGGGUGCUAGUCGCUUGGCACCGUUAAAACCUAUCUACGAUGUGCUGGGAUGGGCGGCCACUAUUGGAAGCAUCAACUACUUUGCAGCGCCCUUCGUUGUGCACUCCGUGGAGAGCUCGCUCACCAUUUGGAAAGCCAAUUACUAUCUUGUCCACGUAGUGCUAAUUGCUGUGGAAGUUGGAUUUACAUACUUGGGCUUCAACAGGAUGUUAAAGAAAUUUGGUCAGAGCAUUGGCGCGCAAUAUGGAACCCAAGAAAUAAGAAGUCGAGUUGUCAGUAAAGGAGGUCGCAGUAAUGGGACCAAUGUGCAUAGCAAAUCCAGCGACGACGAAGUGAAAUUCAUGGCCGAUGUCGUCGAUGGAACCGCGGUUCCUGCGAUGGCAAAGGAAGCGAAAGAGGACUAAUUCCUUCUUAAUGGUUAUUAAUUAUUAUUAUGAGAAUUUAUGUAUUAUGUGGGAUUGCGUGCAUUGUAUUGGAGUUCAUUUGUUUAUUUCGAAUGAAAUGUGUGGUUAUUUGGUUCUGCUGCGCCAGA